CUGGGCCGUCUCGUGCUCAGCCCGAAGCUCGAGGUAUAUUAUCGUGGAUGGGCUUUUGAUAUCGAUGGGUACACUCAGCCGGUCCGAGCUGUCGUCGUCCGCUCCCAACUGAGGGGAGGCGAUAUAUGUUCCAGAUCUCUUGAGGAGUCGCCUAUCAACUUGGAACGACGCGUUUGUCUCCUUGAAACCCAGCACUUUCGAAGAGUCUACUAGCCGUUUGUUUCUUCACUCGGAAAUUAUCCGUAUCGCGUACGUGGUCUGGCGUCUUGUGAAGAUGAAGCUCGGGUUCGCGUCCUCGGUCGGCGUGGCUGUCACGCUGUGUGCGGCGAUGGGCGCGGCACAGUGUCCGGACUAUACGACAUACUCGCAGUCUCCGCAAGGCAAUCCAUCCUCUGGUCCACUGGCCUUGCCGUAUAUGCGUCCCACUCCAGCGUGUCGCACAUUCAAUAGCUCUGCAGUCGAGAAAGUGAUUAGCGACAUGACGUCGCGCCUCAAGGACCCUGAUAUCGCGCGUUUAUUCGAGAAUACUUUCCCGAAUACUCUGGAUACCACAAUCAAAUAUUACAAUGAGACGGAGAAUAUUGCAUUUGUGAUCACAGGAGAUAUCACUGCACAAUGGUUGCGAGAUACCGGCAAUCAGCUAGCGCAAUAUCGUUCUUUGCUUGCCAUAGAUCCGGAGCUUGCAGCACUCGUCAAGGCAGUCAUCAACAACGAGGCUCGAUAUAUAUCCCAGUACCCGUACUGUAGCGCCUUCCAGCCUCCUCCAGAGAGCGGCCUCAGUCCAACAGUGAACGACUGGGCAAUUGAUGUGCUGGUCAAUCCACCGGUGGAUAACCUAACCGUGUAUGAGUGCAAGUGGGAACUGGAUUCCUUAUGCUCAUUCAUGAAGCUGUCUCGAUCCUACUACCAAAAUACCAACGAUGCCUCGUUCAUGAACGACAACUGGUUUGCGGCGAUCGAUCAGAUCUUGCAAGUGAUAUGGGAACAAUCGCAGGCAACAUUUGACGAGAAUUGGAACUUGGUGUCGUACUACAACUGGACAGGCGAAGCUGGCUCUCUGCCGGGUGCAGUGAACAAUGGUGGCAAUGGCGAGCCGAAAGCAUAUACAGGUCUCGUUGGCACGUCGCACAGGCCUUCAGAUGACCUGAGCACCUUCGCAUUCCUCACAUCUGGGAAUGCAAUGCUUGUGGUGGAGCUGGGUUACCUUGCGGAUGCUCUUGAAUCUGCGGGCAUGGCAAGCAAUAUCAGUCAACUGGCUAGGCAAUACAUAGGCAGCAUCACGGACGCUAUCUGGGAGCACACGCUGACGAAUAACGUCUUCGCGUACGAGACCAAUGGGUUUGGCGGACGAUACGUGAUGGACGAUGCAAAUGUGCCAUCCCUACUCUCCCUGCCCUACCUGGGCUUCCUCAAUAUGAGCCAUCCGGCGUACAUUGCGACUCGUCGGGUACUAAUGUCCAGAGGCAACCCCUACUACGUCGUCGGCAAGAACUUCAGUGGCAUAGGUGGCCCACAUGAGGACGCGUGGAACCCAUGGCCUAUGGCACUCAUAUCGGCAAUUUACGGCACAGACGACGACGAGGAAAUUAUGCAGUACCUGUAUCUCAUCGCAAAUAACACCGACGGGCUGGGUCUCAUACACGAAUCGAUCAACAUCUACACGGGCUCAUACACGAGGCCUUGGUUCGCGUGGGCGAACAGCUAUUUCGCUGAGAUGUUACUUGAUCUUGCGAACCGCAAACCGAAUCUCAUCUUUUCUGAUGAUGUGCCGUAUGUGCCUGGAUAAUCCGAUUCUAGGAGGCGAUUGCAUAUUCUGAGUUAUAUGUACAUGUCAAGUCUUAAUGGACGAGCUUUCUUUGGUGCUGUGCGUGUCUGUUUAUAUUCCUAGAAGCAGCAUCCUUGGAAAACGCGGUCAUGUGAUCGAUACACGGUCACGGCUUCAUAACCAUUCCCGCGUUUUCGAGCUGCUUUGCCACCUACUUUUGCAUUCAGCAACAGUA